AUGAUGUAUGGAUAUGCUCCCGCUCCAAUGGGUUUCGCCCCACCUGCCCGCUUCCAAGGUCUUUGGUACUACUCACUAUUCACUGGACUCCAGCAGGCCCAGUUGAUGGAGAUGAAUGGAUGGUUCAUCUCAAUGGACAGAGACAGAUCGGGUACCAUCUCAAAUGUUGAGCUGCAGUACUUGGUCAUAGGUGGUACUCCACUCGGUCUGGACACCGCCACCAAACUGAUCAGAUGUUUUGAUAUCAACAGGAAUGGACAAAUUGACUUUUAUGAAUACGCUGCACUCCACGCCUUUGUUAAUCACUUGUACAGAUGUUUCGUUGCCAAUGACAGGAACUACUCUGGAACAAUUGAUGCUCGUGAGAUUCAUGCAGCAUUGAUCUCUGCUGGCUUCAACCUCCCAUUCCACACGAUCAACCUCUACUUCCUGAGGUACUCUCCAAUUGGACACCCAUUGCUCUUCACUCAAUACCUCAACCUCUGUGCCUCUGUCGCUCUGGCUCGCUCUCUCUUUGAAUGGAACGAUCCAAUGAGAACUGGCAUGGUACACCUUACUCCCUCAACUCUU